GCUGCGGCUGGGCCAAUGGGCUGGGCUGAUGUAAAGUUACAUUUUCCGCAGCUGCUGAAUCAGAGCGGAAUAUACGCCACCUACAGUAGAUUCUGGCGUUUCAUUUCCAUUUUUUUGAAUAAAUAUUCUUCAGUUUCCACUUCUCAGCGGACUGUCUUAACACCUGGUCUGACAUGGCGACGGAGAUAACGAAAGGUGUGGAACAGGUCUCAGUGGGUGAGAUGUAUGUAUCGGACAAAUGUGGCAGUGACCAAGAUGGGGACGGCACGCAGCAGAAACCCUUCAAAACUCCUCUCAAGGCUCUGAUGUUCGCUGGGAAGGAGCCGUUUCCGACCAUCUACGUAGAAUCACAGAAGGAGGGAGAGCGUUGGGCCGUGAUCUCUAAGACGCAGAUGAAGAACGCAAAGAAGGCCUUUAACCGCGAGCAGAUGAAGUGCGAUGCCAAAGAAAAGAAGGAGGCAGAGGACAACGACAGGAGAGAGAAGAACAUUGAAGAAGCCAAGAAGAUAAUCAUUGAGAACAACCCCAGCCUGCCUACGCCUGAAACGGUUAAAAUCCAUCAUCUGGAGGCCAAGAGAGGGCAGAGAGUCAAAGUGUUUGGAUGGGUUCACCGCCUCAGGAGACAGGGGAAGAACCUGAUGUUCAUCGUGCUGAGAGACGGAACUGGUUUCCUCCAGUGUGUCCUGUCUGAUCUCCUGUGCCAGUGCUACAAUGGCUUGGUGCUGUCCACAGAGAGUACUGUAGCUCUGUACGGGACUGUCACUCCUGUUCCUGAGGGGAAACAGGCGCCCGGAGGCCACGAGCUGCACUGUGACUUCUGGGAGCUGAUUGGCUUAGCUCCAGCAGGCGGGGCAGAUAACCUGCUGAACGAAGAGUCGGAUGUGGACGUCCAGCUGAACAACCGACACAUGCUGAUCAGAGGAGAGAACGUCUCCAAGGUCCUCCGAGUGCGAUCCACCGUCACGCAGUGCUUCAGGGAACACUUCUUCAGCCGCGGAUACUACGAGAUCACUCCUCCUACCCUGGUGCAGACUCAGGUGGAGGGCGGCUCCACACUUUUUAACCUCAACUACUUUGGCGAGCAGGCGUACCUGACGCAGUCCUCUCAGCUUUACCUGGAGACCUGCAUACCUGCCCUGGGCGACACCUUUUGCAUCGCCCAGUCGUACCGGGCCGAGCAGUCCCGCACCCGCAGACACCUGUCCGAGUACACUCACAUCGAGGCCGAGUGUCCCUUCAUGACGUUUGAUGAUCUGCUGAACAGACUGGAGGAUCUGGUGUGUGACGUGGUGGACCGAGUGCUCAAAUCCCCCGCCGCACCGCUGCUCUACGACAUCAACCCAAACUUCAAACCCCCCAAGAGGCCAUUCAAGAGGAUGAACUACACUGAAGCCAUCGAGUGGCUCAGAGAGCACGACGUCAAGAAGGACGACGGCUCCUACUACGAGUUCGGAGAGGACAUCCCUGAGGCUCCAGAGCGGUUGAUGACAGACGCCAUCAACGAGACCAUCCUGCUUUGUCGUUUCCCGGCUGAGAUCAAAUCCUUCUACAUGCAGCGCUGUCCCGAGGACAAACGCCUCACCGAGUCGGUCGACCUGUUGAUGCCAAAUGUUGGCGAGAUCGUCGGAGGCUCGAUGCGUAUCUGGGACGCCGAGGAGCUGCUGGAGGGAUACAAGAGGGAGGGAAUCGACCCGACCCCGUACUACUGGUACACUGACCAGAGGAAGUACGGCACGUGUCCUCACGGCGGUUACGGUCUGGGUCUGGAGCGUUUCCUCACUUGGCUGCUGAACAGACAUCACAUCCGAGAUGUCUGCCUGUACCCCCGAUUCAUCCAGCGCUGCCGACCCUGAACACACACACACACACACACACACACACACACACACACACACACACACACACACACACACACACACACACACACACACACACACACACACACACACACACACACACACACACACUCUAUCUGGACCUGGCAUGUGGCAGCACCCUGUGAGCCAUACAACGUGUUGCUACAAUAUUAAAUACAAUCGCAAAGAAUUCAGUUUUGUCUUUUUGGCUCAAACCUCAAGCAAAGGGGAAUGUCUUCACUCCGACAGAGUUAGAUAUCACCUCUGCCUCAAACUUCACAGCUUCCUUUUUGUUUGUUCUGAAUUAAAACCUGAAUCAGAUAAUUGCUCGUUGGCCGAUUUCAAAUAGUAAACACUGUAGUUUCCUGUAAUUUUCUGCAAGUCCUGGACUAAAAUGUCUCAAAUGUGGUCUUGAAUGCUGCUAAAUAAUAGCUCUUUCCACCUUAAAUUCAGUGUUUUUAACUUACUAUUUAUUUUAUUAACAUUGUUCAUAGGACAUACACCAUCCUGACUGUCUUGGUGGUUUGCUGAAGUUUAUUCUCGUCAUUGGUGGGUUCAGACUUAAAUCACAAAAAACAACAGCUGCUUUUGUGCACUUUUCACGUAUUUGGGAACAUUUUACUUCUCAUCUGAAAUAAACCGCUAGGUCUAGAAAUCAAAGGUAGUAAUAUAACAUGGGCAGCAGCCUGUCCAUCAAAUUGGUUUAGAAAUUGGCAUUGGGUCUCAUUAUGUUUAUGUUUCUGCCUUUUCAUCUGAAAAUACUCAACUCAAUAAACUGUACUUGAAUAAAUGGGAUUCAAACAGA